AUGAGGACAGCCGUCCAAGCUAAGCAGCCUCUGGCUCGCAACGUCAUGCCCGCCGCCGUCAACGCCGCCAACUUUGCCACCACCGCCGCUCCCAAGGAGACCAAGAAGCGCGCCUCCUCCACCACCACCAAGGCCAAGGCCGGCACCUCCAAGGCCAACGCCGCCGUCGCUGUCGCCGCCGAUGCGGCCGGCGCUACCGCCAAGCGCGGCGGUGCCAAGGCCAAGGCCCCCAAGAAGGAGAAGCUCAAGCCCUGGCAGGCACGCGGCGCCGACGGCAAGCUCCUCCCGCUCCCCUCGGCCAGCAAGCCCACCCUGCGUUCGUCGUUCCUGAUCUACAUGUCGGAACGCGUCUCGCAGCUCAAGGGUGAUGCUCAGUACCAGAAGACCUCGCCCAAGACCGGCGCUCAGGUCGUCGACAUUGUCAAGAUGGCCAAGGCCGUCGGUGCCGAAUGGGCUCAGCUCCCUCCCCACCUCAAGGCCCGCUACGAGGCCCAGCACGAGCAGGAGAAGGCCGCCUACGAGCAGGCGCUCGCCGAGUGGAAGGCCGCUCUCUCGCCCGACGACAUCAAGCGCCAGAACGCCUACAUUGCCUCGCAGAAGAAGAAGGGUAUCAAGGGUACCGCCUUCCUCCGCGACCCCGCCAAGCCCAAGCGUCCCAACUCGGCCUUCUUCGAGUUCCUCAACGACCUGCGUGCCAGCGAGGCCGUGAUCCCCAACAUCACCGAGUUUUCCAAGCGCGGUGGUGAGCGAUGGAAGCAGAUGUCGGCUGAGCAGAAGGCUCCUUACGAGCAGCGCGCGCUGCAGGCUCUCGAGCAGUACAAGCGUGACCUCGAGGUGUACAACAGCACUCGCGGCCCCGAGCUCUAG